AUCUGUGUACCGUAAAAAAGAGAGAGAGAAAACAAGCAACCAACUACGACACUAUAAGAUCUACCGCAUCAGCCAGCAUUUUGCGGCAUACAGGCAUUCGAAAAGGAAUACCUCCCAGAGCAUUGCCAAGUUCAACCAUGAACGACAAGGCGGUUUCAAUGAGAGGCAACGACGUUCCAGUUACGCGCCUUGGUUUCGCACCGUACCGGGUCAUGCUAUCUAUGAUACGUGAAAUCGAAGAUAAGCUCAAAGAGGGAAAAAGCCUGGGGUUCCCAUACUUGAUUCGUGGAGAUAUCUCCGACGGCCAGCGGAUGGGUCUCACACCCAUCACCUUUCUAAGGCAGGUGGUGGGCCUGUGUGCGCUACCCGAAAUCGCUAGUCACGUGCCAUCUGACGUUGUUCAGAGGGCGAGAGACAUAAUAAAGCAUUGCCCUGGAGGGGCCAUUGGUGCCAUCCAAAACCAAGACCAUCCCUUAAUCCAGCGACACAUUGCUGAACACAUCAGCCAGAGAGAUUCUGUCGAAGCCAGGCCUGAGGAUAUUUGGGCUACAGAUGGAGUAACUCACGGGGUCACCACCAUACUUGAAGUACUCAAGCGCCGACACAACGGGACAACGCCUGGUUUUCUUACCUGCGUGCCGACAUACAUGGGCUAUUUCACAUUGCUGCGACAAUAUGGCUAUCAUGAGGUGUGCUAUUACUUGGAUGAGGAUCAUGGUUGGGCUCACAACACUGAUGAGAUGCAGAAAGCGUUGGACGCAUCCAAGAGCGUAUGCGUCCCAAGGUGCUUGCUCCUGGUUAACCCUGCUAAUCCGCCCAGUACGGUGCUCUCCAUGAAGCAGCUGCAGGAUAUCAUCAUGUUCGCGCAUAAGAAUCACCUGAUAAUACUAGCCGACGAGGUCUUCGAAUACAAUAUCUACGACAUAAAUCAUCCUUUCCACAGCGUCAGGAAAGUUAUGAACACCAUGAGCGCCCCAUAUUCACGGACGGCGCUGAUUUCUUUCAAUUCGCUAGCAAAGGGAUUCACUGUUGAGGCCGGCUUACGGUCCGGCUAUUUCGAAGCCAUCAACCUCGACUCUGUUGACCAGGCAUAUCUGGAAGAGGCUAUGGAGGCAGACCGACCGUCGAUGCUCUCUCAGGCAGCACUGGAUUGCAUCGUGAGGCCUCCGGGAUUAGGAGAUCCUUCCUACGAAUUGUACACUAAGGAGAAGACCUCCACUUUGGACUCUCUAGCAAGACGAGCCAAGAUGGCGGAAAAGAGGCUGAAUGCCAUCCCGGGAUUUCACUGCGGACCCGUCCAAGGAUCAAUGGCGGCUUACGCUCGCAUCACUAUUCCGGCCAAAGCCAUCGAGGAAGCAAAGCGCCGGAACAAACAAGCUGACGUAUUUUACGCCGAGGAACUGCUGAAAGCAAAAGGCAUAAGCGUGACACCAAGUUCCGCAUUUGGAAGACUUCCGGGAAGGUAUCAUAUAAGGAUCACAAUACUGGCGCCAGAUGACAGAUUGAUGGAACUGUUCGAUCGCCUCGAAGCCUUCCACAAGGACUUUAUGGUCAAAUACGCAUGAAAAAAAUUGUAAUUACAAACUCCGCCAACAAAGAAACAUCAAUUAUUCAGAAUGAAUAAAAUUAUUCGGAAGGUUCUCAUCCGCCUGGUAUGGGCAAGUGUCACCACACCGCUUAAACUCGUCAUCUCUCUCUCGAACGCUAAACUGUGCACGCAUUGCAAAGCACAGUUUAUAGAAUACAUCCUAGUUAAUUAAUUUAAGCUGGGUGAAUGUGUUCCCAAUCAAUAAACAGCUGAAUGAAAGUCUGGCUAGCUUUGAAAGUCUCUCUAGCACAU